AUGUACUCUUUGUCCCUGGUCCCGAGACAGCCAUUGUCAGUGUGUAUGGCUAGCGGUUUGACUCGUCCGAUCUGCGCUAGGAAGCGGACUCCUUUUGCCGGUAUGCUUCCUCACCGGAGAGAUCCUUCCCUCCGACCUCUUCCCCUCCCUCUCCCCGGAAUGGUUUCGUUUGAGCCCUUGGCUCUUCUCCCAUCUGCGCCAUCCUCCGCCCCCCCCUCCUGUGAUGGCGAGAUGACAGAGAUUCCACAGGCGAGACCAUCUCCUCCACCUAACACGCCGGACCCGCCAGAUCCAUCCCCUUCACCGCCGCGAUCGCUCAGCCUCUCCACUCUCCACCACCGAACGACACCGGAUCUAGGCGGCUCCUACGAUGCAUCAAUGGCGGCUACCCAAGCCACUACCAUCUUCAUCACCGCCGAUUACCAGUUUCAACCGGCACCUCCGCCGGCGAUGGUUCUCCCGUUAGCGAACACUCUAUGGCCCCUCCUCCUCCUCCCUGCCCAACCUUUCUGA